AUGGACCAGCUACGAUUUGAAUUUGCAGUGUUGCCAGCGAGUGAUGGAAAGUCAAAUGUUUAUUGUGUAACCUCCAUAACGACAAGAGAUGAAAAAGUGUUUGCUAUUCCAGAAGAAUUACAACAUCAGACGAGAAAAAUUUGGAUUACAAUGACAAAUGAACUAAGUAACGUGUACAUAGAUGAAGAUGGUAAUCUACAAUUUGGAGAUCAAUAUCUCGAAGAAAUUGAACAAAAGCAAGCAUCUGGUAAUUUAGGAAAAAAUACAGAUUCAUUGGAAAAAUUAUUUACAAAAUUUAUUGAAAGCUCACAAGAUUUAAAAAAACAGAACCUGAAAUAUAUUGCAGAAAAGUUUAUAAUUGAAAGAUUUACAAGUAAAAAUACUAACCCAAGCCAGUGGAUUGAUGUUUUUGAAAAAGAAUGUUUACGUUUCGAUAUUACGGAAGAUGAGAAAAAAUUGAGAUACUCAGACUAUUCAUGGACAAAAGUUGCGCUGAUUGGCUGGAACCAAGUGACUUAUGCGUUGUUAUUUAAGUACAAGGAUGGUUCAUUGGUGGAUUAUGCUAUAAAAAAAGAAAAACUUUUACUGGACAUGAGAACAUCAAUAGAUACAGGUACUCUAGUGGAUCUUAUUGCAGCUGGAUUGCCAGGCUUUGUUCUAGAAAAGAUAAAUAGACAAUGA